AUGUAUCACCCUCCGAACGGCCAUCUGCCCAACCCUGCUGCCGGACCUUUUCGAUGGCAAUCAACUCAACUCAUCAAACAGCUCUCCCACUAUCCAACACCACCACCACCACCAGUACCACCUGCUACCCAUCACCACCACCAUCACCACCAUCAUCACCAACAACAGCAGCAGCAGCAACAACAACAACAACAACAACAUCCACUCCAUCCUCAUCACUCUCACCAUCAACAACAACAACACUCCUAUCCAUCCCAUCAUCCUGCUAACUCAGCCCAAAACCAACAACAGCAGCAGCAACAACAACAACAACAGCAGCAACAACAACAACAACAGCAGCAGCAACACCCACAACAACAACCAUCAAUCUACCAUCAGUCUCAGCCUAACUCCCAUCCUCAAUAUCUCUCCUCACCUGCCCCAGGCCAUCCAACCAAUCCAAGCAGCUUAUCCAAUCAAACCAGUCUUCACCAGCCAAUCAGCUCACAACAACAGUCUCAAGCAAGCUCUCAACCAACACCACUCACACCCUCCUGGGCCAAACAGGUUCAACAUGCUCAGAUCUCUCGCGCAUCCAGUGCUGCUCAUCAUCACGCCCGAGCCGCACAACUUCAGAUUCGUGGUCAAGCAUCAUCUGCACUCACCAUCACCGACCCCAAUCGACCCCCUAAACCGGUCCUACUCCAUCACAACCCUGCCCAUCUCGGCGGCCCAAGCUCAGUCUCUAACAUCAACUCCAACAACUCAAAGUUUAACGAUCACUCCGACCCACUCCGUCAUCAGAACCUACAGUCUCUCAUCAGCAGUAAUAGCUCAAACCAGAGCGAUAGAACUAAUCCCAAUAGUCCAACCGAUACCAGUCUGACCAGCUCAACGGCUACCGCUAACGGUGCUCAGAACGAAGGCUCGAUGACUCAUCACAAGCUUCAUUCUCAAAAUCGAUCAUCAAAUACCGGCUGGACAACCGUAGACAUGGGCGGACUGAAACUCAAAUCACUCUCAGAAGCACUCUUCAGCUAUGACUUCCUGACUACACUCUACAUUCCUCACAACUCACUCACCUCACUCUCACCUUCCAUCGCCCAACUCAACUCGCUCACCAUCCUCGACGUCUCCUCUAAUAAGCUCACCUCACUCCCACCCGAACUAGGCAUGAUCACCACCCUCCAACACCUCUUCGUCUUCGAUAAUCAUCUCACCUCACUACCUCCCGAACUAGGUAGUCUACAUCAACUAGAGGAAUUAGGCGUCGAAGGGAACCCAUUGACGGAUACCCUACUGAGUACGAUCCAGAAGGAAGGUACGGCCUCACUGGUGGCCUAUCUACGUGACUCAUGUCCAGUCCCACUUCCCCCAUCGGAGAGGGACUGGAUCACCAUCGACUCGGAUCUCUCGAACCACCAUAACGACCAUCACGGUUACUCGCCACCCCCGGAGACCUUCACGACGAUGUGUUAUAAUAUCCUCUGUGAACGAUAUGCGACCGAUCGGAUGUACGGUUAUACUCCCUCUUGGGCCCUCAACUGGGAGUAUCGUAAAGAUCUCAUCUUGCAGGAACUCAUGCAAUACGGCGCUGAUAUCAUCUGUCUCCAAGAGGUCGACGUCGAACAGUAUGAAGACUUCUUUGUUCAAAGUCUCAAGGAUCAAGGCUACGAGGGCGUCUUUUAUCCUAAAUCGAGAGCUCGAACGAUGGGUAGUGAAGAACGAAGGCAUGUUGAUGGUUGUGCUACGUUCUUCAAAACUUCCAUGUUUCAAUUAAUCGAGAGAGAAUGUGUUGAGUUUAACCAAAUCCCGAUGAGAUCAGAAUCACACAAGACGGAAGACAUGUUCAACCGAGUGAUGACGAAGGACAACAUCGCGGUGAUAGCCUUACUAGAGCAUCGCCAAUCGGGGACCCGACAGAUCGUAGCGAAUGUGCACAUCCAUUGGGACCCGGAGUUCCGGGAUGUCAAGCUCAUCCAGACGGCGAUGUUGAUGGACCAAAUCUCGGAGAUCUCGAGCCGGUUUGCGCGCUUACCGAAACGGACGAACCUGAGCAAUAACUAUCGAACCGCACCCAGUUAUUCGGAUGGCACCCAGAUCCCAACGAUCAUCUGUGGCGAUUUCAACUCGAUCCCUCAAUCGGGAGUCUAUGAUUAUCUCAGCCAAGGCCUGAUCCCCUCGACUCAUCCCGACUUUUGUAAGAACAAUUAUGGACCUUACACGCAGUUCGGCAUCCAUCAUUCUCUCAAACUCAAAUCGGCUUAUUCUAACCUGGAUUCGAAAGAAUUGCCUUUUACAAAUUACACGCCCGGCUUCAAAGGCGUCAUCGAUUAUAUCUGGUAUUCUACUGAGUCUCUUCAGGUCAUCGGCUUGCUGGGUAAAAUCGAUGACGCUUAUCUCAAAAAAGUCGUCGGCUUUCCUAAUGCUCAUUUCGCUAGUGAUCACGUUCCGGUCCUGGCUGAAUUUAAGGUUAAACCUGUGAACAGUUAAUUGAUCAACAUACUUCCCACUGAAAACAACUAACCCACCAAAUGAACAAAGGAAGAAGAAGAAAAAUCACAAUUGUACAUAUUUCGAUCACCCUUCUCCAUUUUUUAUUUUUCGUUUGGAUGGAAGUUGGGGAGAAAGUAAGACAGAGAGAACGAGAUUGAAAGAGAAAGAGAGAGAGAUCUCAGGGGGUGUUCUAAAAAAACCCCCCAAUGACUUUAAUUAUUCUUCUGAUUCUCUCACUUGUUCAUUUGUUGAUGAAAUGAAUGUUGAUCUUUUUCCUUUCUCUGUCUCUACUCCCUUCAUACUCAUCUUUUCAAUUCCUUAUCUUUUUCUCUGUUCUUCUUCUUCUUCUUCUUCUUUU